GCAGUAUGUGAAAUGUGGACGUCAAAUUUGAUAUUUAUGUUAACUUGGCUUAGUAGUAUUGUAGGUUGCAAAACAAAUUUCCUGUAUGCUAAUAUUACCGGCAGUGGUGAAAAUGUUACAGUUAAAGCAACGUGUGUUUGUGAUGAUUAUAAUGAUGCAAUUGCAUGGAUUACACCACCACAAACUGAAUUCCUAGAACUUUUGUCAGCCAAUAAGACUUUGAGAUAUGUGAAUUUUGAUUGGGCUAAUAAGAUAUGGUUCGUUCAGCCGGCCUAUAGAGGAUUGUUUGGCCCAGUUCUAGAUUAUACAUGGGAAAAUAUGCCAAUCUUUUUAACCAGAGCGACUACACCUGGAGAACAAUAUGAAUAUAAAGAAAUACGUGACAUUCAAAUACUUAAUCAACUCGAAUUGAAUUUCUCGUUUUUGGGGAAAUCAAACGCACACAUUUACUUAUGUUCAGGUGUCCUAAACAAUGCCAAUUCUUGCUUAGUUUUUAUUUUGGGCAGCGGAAAUGGAAACAGAAGUCAUAUAAAACUAUGCAAAUAUAAUGCAACAAAAACAUGCGAAAAUUUGAUUGAAGAAAUUAUACACGAUCAUUUUUUCUCGGAAAAUAAUUGGAGCCAGAUAACUAUACGAUACUUAAAUCAACAAUUGCAAGUGAUUGUCAAUAACAAACGCUUGAUAUCUCUCAAUUCCAUGAAUUGGAAUUACACAAUCGAGUUUCAAAAAUAUACAAAAGUAUCAAUUCACUCAAAUACUGAGAAUGCAUUAUGGAAAUAUCAUGAAUAUUCAUAUUAUGAGGAUCGAAGAAUUCAUUUAGCGGAAAGAUCAUCUACUAGUUUAAUGUUUCACGUAAAGUCAACCUAUUUAUGUAUUUCAUUUUUCGCAAAUUUUCAGAAAGAAAUUACGAUUCAACUAUAUGAUCACUCUGAGAGAUUGAUUGAAACAGAAAAAUAUUCUUGCAAACACAGCACACAAUGGAAUUACAAAACAUUUAACACACCGGUACACGAAAAUCAUGAAUAUUUUAUAGUUUUACAGAGUAGCUAUGGCGACAUUAUUGCAAUUCGUGAUAUGGUUAUUCAUGAUGAUUGCAAUACAAUGGAUCGAUUCAAUCAUCACAUUUCGAGUUUGUCAUUUAGUUUAGCAUCAAUAAAAAAUAUAAAAUGUUCAUCACUUCGACAUAGAAGCAAGCAUUUAACAAUACAUCCAGCAGAUAAUAAAAGUCACUGCAAAAUUUGUAGUGCUAAAUACCAUAAUACAAUACAAAAUUCACAUCGAAUAAUAUGCAAUGAGCAACUUUGUUAUUGUUCAAAUGGAUACAUUGGAAAUUAUUGCGAAAAACAGUGUGAAGAUGGACGUUAUGGAUGUAAUUGUGUAUGUAAAUGCGGAGAAUGUGUCGAGGGCUUAUGCAAUCCAGUCAAUGGGGAAUGCAACUUAGGAUGUAAAAAUAAUUAUAUUGAACCCUAUUGUAUAGAAAGAAAUCUGCCAGUGAUAACUGGCAUUGCAUCAAUUCAAUCUGAUUGUGUCACAAAUUGCACAAUAAGAAUAUAUGACAAAGAAUUAAAAUAUGAUGGUGCACAGGAACCACAAUAUUAUUACACUCGGUUAAUUCAUCCGAAUAACACUGUUACAGAGAGACAAAUAACACCAGUUAAAGUCAAUGUUAUUAAUUUUACCAAUUUAAUUAAAGAUACCAAAUAUAAUUAUCAGAUAGUUCUUUGUGUUGGCGAGAAAAAAUCAACGUGUUUUAAACAAGAAUUGACAAUAUUUCAAUUUGAAACUACAUGCGAUGAACUGCACAAUUACCAAAUUAUAAUUAAAAAUAUAGAAAAAGAGACCAAUAUAUAUGUGGAAAAUUACCAGCCUGUAAGAAAUUGUUUCAUACAGAAUUAUCAGAUGCUAAUCCUUGAUGAAGCUGGUAACACAGUACAAUCUGCAACACAUUUGGAAGUGAAUAAUACUGAAUCAUCAUUGAAGAUAUUCACAAAUUACACUCUUCGUUUGAUCAGAAACAACAAAAUAACAAAUAAUAUCAUGUUUACCACAGACGAAUCCAAACCCCUUGGAGUGAACGAUGUAAAAAUUACCUCAGCAUUAGCCAGUGCAUUUAAAAUAGUAUGGAAAGAACCGUUGCCUGUUCAGGGAAUAAUUACCCAAUAUCUCGUGGAGUGGAAAUUUUGUGGGGAAAAUGAUUGCUUAAUUGAAAAUGAGGAGCAUGAAAUGCAAUCGCGUAAUGUGACGGCUGCAGCAAUUGAGUUAAACGAUUUAAGUCCCUGUUCCGUUUACGAGAUAUCAAUUUAUGCAUUUACUAAAAAGGGAAGAAGUGAGGUGGUAAAGACAACAGCAUAUACGGAUGUAAUUAAUCUUGAUCCGUAUAAUUAUACUGUUAGUUCAACCGCGACUUCAGUUCAAAUAUCAUUUAAUGUUGAUUGCAUAAAUAUGAAAAAUCCAUCUCUGGUAAUUGUAAAUGUGACAUGCAAAAGUGAUUGGUGUAAAGGAAAAGUUAACAAAACAUCGAAACAAUUAACUUAUAAGAAUGAUAGUGUAAUUGUAGAAAAUUUGCUUCCGUAUACAAAUUAUUUGUUAGACAUUUAUCUGCAGUUCAAUCAACAAAUAUCAUUAAAUAAUUUUAAAAUAAUAGGCUCCCAGGAUUUUAUCACGUUGUCCAGUGUUCCACACAAAAUACCAUUUGCUGAUGUAUAUAGUUUAUCAGAGACAUCUUUGUCCAUUCGAUGGAGUGCACCUUAUCCUCCAACUGGAAAAUUGGACACAUUUAUAAUUCAAUACGGUUAUAAUACCGAGAAAGAAACCACAUUUCAAAACGUAACAGUUUUAACAAGUUUUUGUAUAAUAUGGCCGGAAUUGUUUUGUCUGACAUUAACUGACUUAAAAUAUAACAAAACAUAUACAAUAUCAAUAACUGCCCAGAAUCAGGGAAUACCUUACAAUGCAUCGGAAACUGUAUUAAGCGAAACAACAUUAGUAAAAGUUCCACAACCACCACAACAUCAAAUCGCUUUUUGGAGCUCGACGCGAUUUCUGCAAUUGGAAUGGAAGCAUCCAAAUAAAACAAAUGGGCCUCUUCUGGGGUUUGCAAUCAGUAUUAAUGGUGAAAAGUUUUUUCAUAAAGGUUUAGAGAAUUUGACCUACACUUACCAAACUCAAUUUCGAUGUGAACCUGACAACUACCAACCCACAGUAACAAUACAAACCGUUAACUCAUUAUUCAGUUCCGAAUUGUUGAGUGAUCAGUUUAUCUGUCCUAUUCUUCAGCCAUCAUUUUCUUCUUUGGCUUUUGUGAAACAGAUAAACUGCCACAAUUUCACUGUGUUACUACCAACAAUUGAAAACACUGAAACAAUUAGUUUUCUGUAUAUUGUAGUGCUUACCAGUGAACUGGACCAUACAGGCGAUUGCAGAGAUAGUAUUAAUAGUAUUCACGAUUCUCUUAUUUCAAGUAAAGAAAACCAAACAUGUUGGAUAGUUGAACACUACGAACAACAUGAAUACAAAGAAAUUGAAGACACAGAAUUAAAUAUUAACAUACCAGAAAUGGCAGAAUUUAAUUGCACUGAAGAGUUGUAUGAAGUAGGCGUAUUGAUUGUCAAUGAAUUAGGUGACCAAAUAUCAUCUAAUUGGUAUCAACUAGAAUUGAUAGAAAUGAGCUCAUUGGAAGUGACUGAACUUAGUUUGGUAACCAUCUCAUUGCUUGUUGUAUUCUCAUCAUUACUGGUGAUUAUAAUAAUUGUGGGACCUAUGUGUAGGUAUACAUUAGGAAUGAGCCACACAAACAACCGCAAUGUUGUGUAUUCUGAAAUACCAGUAUUGCUCAGUUCAUCACAUUACAUAACUUCGGAAGUAAUACCGCCACCACUUCCUAUGAAAAAAACAAAGUCGGCCGCAAAUAUCAAUGAAAAAUGUUCUCGUUUAGUUGCAUUAGCCGAUUUGCAUGAAUAUGUGAGGGAUCUUGCUGAAGGGGAUGAUUUUAUUGCGCAACAUAAAAAAAUUGUAAAAUUGACUCCAGUUAAUAAUGAAUAUCAAAACAAGUUAGAAAAUGAUCGCGAAUUUAAAGAAAUAUAUGCCCUGCGUUGA